UGAACUAAGUCAGUCAGAACAGAAGUAAGGUCAUCUCAUGUAGGUCAUCUCAUGUAGGUCACUGUCGUUGUUGUUGGAUAAGAACGUUUAUGAAAACCAGUGCUUCAAGUUAUCUGCGAGGGGAGUAGCCUAUCUCAUAAACAUACUCAUAAGCUCUACACAUCUGUUUUAUGAGCGCGCAUCACUUCAGGGGGAUGAUGAGGAAUCGUAUACUGCUGGCUAUCUUUGGAGUCUACCUGCAGGUGGUGAAAUGCAUCCCAAGAUGUCCACUAUAUGGUUCUAUAGCAGUUUGCACCAACCAGUCUCUAUAUCAGGUUCCUGCACUGCCUCCAUACAUUACCCAUGUGUAUAUGAGGGAUAACUACAUCAGUGAGAUCAACGAGACAUCGUUCUCUGGGCUUGAAGGGUUAAAGGAACUGGACCUCAGUUGGCAACGAGUCAAUGGGCUUACUAUAAGAACUAACACCUUUCAAAGACUGGCAAACUUGGCAGUGCUCUAUUUAGGACAUAAUACAGGUUUACAGAUUGAGCCAGAUGCGUUUGUGGGAUUGUCUAACCUGAGAACUCUCUCUCUGUAUGUGUGUGACCUGACUGAGUCCAUAUUACAGGGCGACUAUCUCAGGCCCCUGGUCUCCUUGGAAACGCUAGAUCUGUAUGGUAACCAAGUGAAAAGAAUCCAACCUGCACAGUUCUUCGUGAACAUGACAGAUUUCCAAGAGUUAAACAUGACCCUAAACCAGAUGGAAAGCAUAUGUGAGGAAGAUUUGCUUGGCUUUCAAGGCAAACACUUUCGGUUGCUCAACUUAAACAGUGUCUAUUUAUAUGGUAUGACUCCGAAUGGUUUUGACUGGAAACGAUGCGGAAAUCCCUUUAGGAACAUGUCCAUGGAGACACUUUUCUUAUCUUCCAACGGAUUCAAUGUGGACAAGGCAAAAUUGUUUUUCAAUGCAAUCCAAGGAACGAAAAUUCACCAUAUUAUUCUGGAACACAGCACCAUGGGAAAAUCAUUUGGUUUCAGCAACGUCAAAGACCCAAACAAGAAAACAUUCAAUGGCCUCAAGAAUAGUGGCGUCAAGAUUCUAGAUUUGUCCAAAUGCUUUAUAUUUACUUUGCAAUAUGCAGUAUUCAGUCCACUGAGAGAGGUAGAGGACAUAACAUUAGCCCAAAACAAAAUUAACCAGAUUGACAGGGGGGCAUUUUUUGGUCUUGAAAAUUUACAAAGGCUCAACCUGUCACACAAUCUUAUAGGGGAAAUCUAUUCUUACACAUUUGACAAUCUACCCAAUAUUUUAGAACUAGAUUUAUCUUACAAUCAUAUUGGUGCAUUGGGAUAUCAGGCAUUUACAGGACUUCCAAACCUUCAAAUCCUGGAUCUUACAGGAAACUCUAUUCGGGAACUAGGUACAUAUGGUUACCUUGCACCACUACCAAACCUGCAACUUCUUCGUUUGGCUGAUAAUAAGAUCACAUCCUUAGAUGGCCUCUUGGGCUUUGCUAACAGUACUAUCAUACUGAACGUUCAAAACAACAGGUUAACUAAUUUAGAAGAGGUAUACAUUGUGUUAGCUAAAUUCAUGCGCAUUGAGCGUAUCUGGUAUGGUAACAACUACAUAAAGUGGUGCACCUUUAGCAGUAAUAUUUCAGUGCCUGCUGUAAACUCUCUGAAGCUGCUGGAGCUAAGGAACAUCGCCCUGCAGAUGUUAUGGGCACAUGGAGAGUGUUUGGAUGUAUUUGAAAAUCUUAUCAAGCUUUUUAGUCUGGAUUUAAGCUUUAACUCCCUGCGGGCUCUCCCAGAUGGCAUAUUCAAAGGUCUCGUCUCUCUGGAAGAGAUGGAUCUCAGCUUCAACUCUCUCACAUACCUCCAACCAGACAUUUUCCCAGAGAGUCUCAAAACAGUUGACCUAUCUUACAAUUUCCUCUCCUCUCCUGACCCAGCGGCUUUCAGUUCUCUCAGCUGGAUCAACUUAUAUAGGAAUCGAUUCCACUGUGACUACGGCCUGAAGGACUUUCUGACGUGGCUGAACAGGACUAAUGUGACUUUUCCAGACCCCGGCGUGGCUGAAUUCAGCUGUGAGUUCCCCUCAAAUCUCCAUGGUGUCAGCCUGUUGAAUUACAGCAAAGUCAUAACAACGGAAAAGUACCCAAAACCAUCUUUGAACAGAAAUGUAAAUCAAGACAAUUAGAGUUUGGUAUUAUAUGUGUCAUUUUCCAUGCUAUCUACUCUGUCUUGCACGUUUGCUAUUGGGAAUCACAUUUUAUUUUGUUGCUUACAAUAUCCUGAAUGUCAUAUGGCAUACUGUAUGAUAUUGUCACGCCCUGGCUCUGGGGACUCUUAAAAGUUGAGCCAGGGUGUGUAGUGUCUAUGUUGUAGUUUCUAUG